AUGGAUCGAACAUUACAAGGUAACGGAGAGCAACCUUAUGACGGCGAAAUAUCUAGAGUUAAAUCUUAUCGAUUGGUCAGCCGGAUUUCGUAUGGCAUAUUGUCAGGAGACUCCUUUGAUUGAAUUAAUUGAGCCCUUCAAGGAUGCUAUUGUCAGGAUGGCAAAUCGUUAUUGUAAGAACGCCACUGCCUGUCGACUGGAGAAGCCGUAAGUAAUCAAGUAUCAGAAAUCCAAGUUCCAGUGUUGUGUUCAAUAAGCACUUGGUGGUAUUAUUGGACGGGUUCCCUAAGAGAGAUAACAGAAUCGCGAUCUUCCGCUUCUAUGUUGUUCUUCCUCAUGAGGCCAAAGUGAUUGGGAGGAAGAUAGAAAAACCAUUGUUGUCUACCAAGAUAUUGACAGGUGAGAAGUCUACGGUCUUAUGCACAAUUCCAUUCAGAGAUUCUGCGUUCCCAAUCAGCUGAAAUAACGAAUCGUCUUGGUUGGCACAUAAUUAGCCGCGAGAGGUACCCCCGCUUUGAUCCCGUCACCACCUUCAUGAAUCGCGCCCUUAUUCCUAUUGGCAUUGUCGCCGGUCUUUUAAUGUUGUUCCUGGCUUACUGGUCUAGUACAAUAAUGUCAGUUCAGCCCUCUCCUCCCCUUAGUUCUCAUAAUACUAGUUUAGAUCCGGGCAAUCGAUAUACAGCGGCGAUGGUUGGAUGGUCACCGGCUCGAGUGGGGGUAAAAAUGCGGCUCUGAGGUACUGUAAUGUUGUGAAUCCCUUGAGUUCGUUUUCACUUCCUCGUUUCGUUCAGAUAUUGCACCCCUUUGUGUUGUGUAUAUUCCCUUACCUUUGUCUUCGGUUAAGUAUCUCUUUCCCUUGUUUUUACAUCGAGUAAAUGCUUUAUCUUCAGACGCACCAUGGAAAUUAUUGAAGAACAAAAAUAUCGGUUCGACCACAUGGAGAAGCACCGUGUGAGCGGCGAGAAUGUGUAUGUAUACCAUGCUGUUCCUCGGCCGGGUGUUCGAAUUAACCCUCAAGAGUCGCAGAUCCAGAUCCGUGCUUCUGAACUCCCUAAGAACCCCGAGAUUGCUCGACAGAGUUCCAGUUCCACUCCUGCUGAGUCAGAUUAUGGGUCGGAAGCUCAGGAUAAGGUGCCGGAGAUCGUAAUCAUGCAUGCCCGAGACUCCUCUCGCGAUACGAUGGAUAGUGGACCUAAUUCGAGGAGAACGUCCAUAACGGGGUAAGUUUACGUAUUUGAUGACCAUGUUCGUCUUUAACUCAUAUAAGUCGAACUUUUAGUCAUCGUCGUACUUCUGGAAUGCGUCGGAUGAGUGCUUUUGAUGCGUUCAAAGCCAAGAAUAGAGGCUUCUUCGGAGGGGGAGGAGGAACUCGGCCAGAGAGACAGAAGCGUUGGAAAACCGGAAGCAUAAUGUUGAAUCAGUUCGGAUCCAAGGAAGGAAAACUAUGA